UUGGAAGGGUAGAGAGGGAAACUUUCACGAGCUAGGAUUAUUUUUCCAACAUUCCUCUCUUCGAGAAAGAGCACCGCCUCUCCUUCGAGCAACACCACCAUCACCAAACGGAAUUUCUUCGAGGACGGUUAAAGACAUUUGCUUUUAUCUAAAAAAAUAAAAUCCCAAUCAUGUCUGACGCAGGAGAAGAAGUCCCACCCGUCGAACCCGCCGACGAGAUCGAGGUCCCAGCCGACAGCGCCUCCAAGGGCCAGAUGUCCGUCGAGGAAGCACUCAAGGGAGUCCUCAAGCACGCGCUCAUCCAUGACGGCCUCGCCCGUGGCCUACGUGAGGCGAGCAAGGCGCUGGAUCGUCGCCAGGCCCACAUGGCCGUUCUCAACGAGAACUGUGAGGAGGAACCGUAUAAGAAGCUCGUGGAGGCUUUGUGCUCCGAACACAAGAUCCCCUUGAUUAAAAUUGCGGAUGGGAAGAAAUUGGGGGAGUGGGCUGGGCUUUGCGUCUUGGAUCGUGAAGGAAAUGCUAGAAAGGUCGUUAAUUGCUCUUGCGUUGUCGUUAGGGAUUGGGGUGAGGAGAGCCAGGAGAGGAACGUUCUCCUACAAUACUUCCAAACCCGUUAAUUUCCUUCUUUUUCUGUUGUUUUCCUCUCAAGUUUUUUCCUUUUCCCCUCAUCUCAAGAGAACUCUCGGGAUAUAAACUUGUAUGGAGCAAAGAAAGCAAGUGAGCAUCAAACGCAAAAUAAAAGUCUUCUCUGCAAACUAUCAAAUCAUCAAUCGAUUAAGAAAACCAAUCACUUUUUGAAA